UUCGGCCCAGAACCGGCAACCCUGCUUAAAUUAUUUUUUACUUGGUUAACAAUUUGCCAAUAUUUACUCCAUUUCCUUCUUAAAGAAUUAAUUAAUAUGAGAUUUCUGGAUUUUAUUUUAGAAAUGAUUUUCAUUAUUGGUUCCUUCUUUAAAUUCAAGAUAUGUAUGUACUAAUGAGCGAUAUUUUGUUAAUUAAAUCUCUUAUACUGCAUUAAAAUAAUUAAUUUUCUCAGACUUUUUCAUAAAUUUAUUAAUUCCUCUUUACUUUUUAAAUGAAUAUACUAAAAUUAAUUUUAAUUAUUUAUUUUAUUAUAUUUUCUAUUUUCCCAAUUAUCUUAGCAGAUAGGCGUGCAAUGUUUGAAGAUGAUGGAAAGUUUUUGCCUCAUGUUCGUUUAUCUAAAGAUUUAGUUGAGAAAUAUGAUAAUAGAGUUCGUCCUGUAUUAAAUCAUUCAAGGCCAACAGUUGUUAAUUUUACUAUGAGUCUUUAUCAAAUUUUGGCGAUAAAUGAGAAGGUUCAAAGUGUUGAUUUAAAUCUUUGGGUUUGUUAA